AACAGCCAGAAAGCAUACAGCACUUUGGGACGUUAUCAGUACUGCAAAUUCAAUGCUCCCGGUAGUCGUCAGCGUGUAACAGCACAUCUGACCCAUUGAAUUCUACUCGAGUAGGCAGUUAAAAAAUUGAAAUUCUAUUAGGACAACAGAGUAUCCAGCACAGAUUGAGAGUCUUAGAAAAGCAAUUUUUGGGCAGCACUAAUUUCUCACUCUCUGAUUAGUGUCUAAGUGAACAUGGGACGUACUUAUCGUUGUCGCAAACAGCGACUAAAACUAGCUGCAGAACAUGAACAGUCUAAAGAUGAAAGCUUUCUACCAGAUUUAUAUAAAUACCUAAGCUCCUUGCAAUGGAAAAAUGAAAGUCGUUUGACAGCACGUAAUUUCCCUUUAACUGGUCGCGGCCUAUGUUCCAAACAAGCUAUUUGUGGUACAGAGCCAGAACUUAUACGUUUACCCAUUGAUGCUUUAUUGACCAUAAAAACCUUGGAAGAUGAUGAAGGUUUUAGGGAAAUGUUUGACGAGGAGAAAUUUGAUAAAGACCAUAAGAUUUCUUUUCAAUCAUUAAUGGCAUUUUAUGUUCUAUAUCAAAUGGCUUUGGGUCAAGAAUCCCCGUUCAAGCCUUAUUUAAAAUCCUUGCCAACAUAUUUUAGCACACCCUAUUUUUGUCCCAUAGCAGAAUUGCAAUGUCUGCCUGAAAAUAUUUUAGAAAGAACAGUUGAACAGAAUCGUUUGAUUAAAGAAUCGUACAAAAACUUGAAAAUAGUUUUGAGAAAUGCAGAAGAUUUUGAGUUAAAAUAUCCAAUGGCACAAUUUCGCUGGUCGUAUUUCGUAGUCAACACACGUAGUGUUUAUGUCUUGGGCAAACAAAUAAAGUCCGACAAACUGUAUUUUCAAAAUCUUCUAAGCGAAGAUUAUAAUUUAGCUUUAGCCCCUUUUCUAGAUUUAUUCAAUCAUUCAGAUUUAGUACAAACCGAAGCUGAUGUAAUGCGCCAUACUGCGAGCAAGCAAUUGGAAUUUGUUUUAACUCUUGCCAAUGGUGAUGGUGCCAAAAUACCUGCCUAUCGGCAAAUUUUCAUAAGCUAUGGUGCCUUGAGCAAUCUUAAGCUGUUAACGGAAUAUGGCUUCUUUUUGCCUUCGAACCGCCAUGAUUUGUUUGAGUUUUCCCUCAUGGAUAUUGAAAAUUUCCUACAUAUGGAGAAAUCAUUUAAAGGCAGGGUUUUCCAUAAAAAUAAAUUCAAGUUCAUAAGGGAUCACAAUCUGUGCGAUCAAAUGUUUGUGCACCAGCAUGAAGGGGUAUCUCAUAAUUUACAGGUGGUCUUACAUUUGCUCUUCAAAGAAGAAAGUCAUUUUCCCAACAUUUUGAAUCAGGUUGCUUUUGGCUCCAUUGAAAAUUUACAAAAUGUCAAUGAAGAAGUUGGGCUUUUGUUAAAAUUUAAAGUAAAGGAAUAUGAGAUGUAUAUAAAAUCCUUGGAAUCUUUAAGGGAUUUGACAAAGUCAGGAUAUAUUGCAAAAAUGUAUUUGCAAGAAUGUCUGAGGUAUAUGGACGAAUGUUUACUAGGACUUUAGAUAUGUAAAAAAAGGCAAAUUUUGCCCAUGAACAUUCCCCUAAGGAACAGGGGCAAACUGUAAAUGUAAAAAAUUAUUAUUCUUAAAUAAUAUUAAGUUACUUUUAUAUUUUUUCAAAACUUCAAUAAAGAAAUUUUGUUUUAUUUCAAAAACUA